AUGGCCGGGAUCUGUCAGACAGAAACUCAUAGACACCGACCCGAACUGGUCCUGCCUGUCUCUGCGGAGCUCUCGUUGUGUAACACCCGCACAUGUCACCGGGGCCGCUCUUCCCGCCUCCUGCGCUUCCUCUCCCGGCCGAACACAGCCCCGUUCGCCGGCCAAUUGUCGGGGAAAGAGCCCCCGCAGGGUGCCCCAGCACCGGCUCCCGGGGAGCGCCCGCGGAAGGAGGAGCGUCCCAUCCCGCUUCCCAGCGCUGCCCUACCUGUCCCGGCGGGAGCCGGGCGGAGCGGCCCACGGGGCCCGGGGGGAACCUCUCCCGAGCUGUGCGGUGGGAUCCGAGUGGAUCAGGAGCUCGACAGCCUCUCCGGAGCUGUGCGGUGGGAUCAGGAGCUGGGACAGCCUCUCCCGGGCUGUGCGAUGGGAUCCGGGCGGAUCAGGUGCUGGUACAGCCUCUCCGGAGCUGUGCUAUGGGAUCCGGGCGGAUCAGGUGCUGGUACAGCCUCUCCGGAGCUGUGCUAUGGGAUCCGGGCGGAUCAGGUGCUGGUACAGCCUCUCCGGAGCUGCGCGGCAGCGGCGGCGCUUCCUGGAAGGGCGCGGCGCAGUCACGGGGCCGCUCCCCGGUUCCCCCGCCCCGGCGCAGAAACGCCCCCGGAGCCUGGGCAAAGAGGGGUCGUGGGGCCGCAGUGCUCGGGUUCUCCCUCGGGCUCUACUCGGGCUUUGUUUCCAGACACCUGCCUGACCUCGCAGCCCCGCCCGGACCCCGCUGCGGCGUAAGCAGCAGGUCCUUUGUGCUCCUGCAAACCCCUUCUUCUGUUAAACCGGGAUUAAUUUUGUGCCCUAGGUUAAUCGCGGUGCUGAGGAGCUGUUUGGGGUUUUGCUCCAAGAAGCAAUGAAGCACUUCACAUCUGCUGAAAGGAUUUGUUUAAUACCGCGUGUUGGGAGCAUUAACUAUGUGAAAAAUGUUGGGAUAGGCUGGGUUGGGUUAGGAGCCGCACACCAAAGAAACUCUCGGGAUACAUGAGUGGAAUGAUUUUGCUACUAGGAAAUCCAGGGAGUGACAGUGAUUUGUAUUCUUUAUUUUCUUUAGUCUUUUUGGAUAUGGAUUUGUAUUCUUUAUUUAAGUGCUGGAGUGACUAGUAUAUACAGAAGUAGGAGAGAGUAGAUUGAGGGGGUAUUGGAUAACACCAGUGGAAGUGAUCAGAAAUUCCCUGGAGAAAACCAGAAACUUCUGAUGUGUGAAAUAAGGAGAACUGUU